CAAGGUUAUUGGUAAACCUGGUUCCAUUAAAUUCAACAAAUGACAUAUUAGUUGAAGGUGAUUAUGCUGAUGAUGACAAAGAUACUCAUAUGACUAGAGAAGAAAAUUAUGUAAACAAUCUAGAAAUUGACAAAAAAGAGCAACAUGCUACCAGAACUAUAGAAGAACUCACAUUAGAGAUUUUAGAAA